AAUAAUUUAAAUUGCAAAGCAAGAAGAAGAGGAGAAGUUGCUCUGUUAAGCUUCAUCCACUGCUCUUAAGAACGGGGGGAAAUUGUUCUUCCAUGGAGGAAUCGUGCAAUCGUCCUCGCUCCACUGAGGAGUUUCCAUGGCGAUGUACUGUCUUGACCCAGGCCACCCUUUUCCUUGCCCUUUAUGGCGCCUUCAGCAUUGGAACGCCGCAGGAGUCGCAGAAUUCUAGAUUGAGGAGCGGAAAAGUGAGUAAAAGAGAGUCAAUGAACUCUUACUUCCUCAGCGUUAGGGGAGGGUUUUGGCCCGAUCAUGAACAAGCCCAGCUCCUUCUAAAGAUGAGUGAGAUAAUUGAGCUUUUUAAGGCAAAGUUUGUGGUCAACAUUGGUGAGCUAGGAGAGGAUGAUCCGCUCAUGCAAAAUGCCUCUUUGCAUUUCCCCAUCCCGAGUAUCCCCUGGUAUACUACUACAGCUUUGUCAGGAAAAUCAAAAAAAUAUUUCUUGAAGAAGAUCAAGUUAGCUAAUGAUGAAGUACUUGACAUUAUUGGAAUUGAGACUGGACUAUUCCAGGAUUUUUUGCACUUGGAGGGGUUAAAGGAAUCUGAAAGUGAUCUGUUGUAUUGGCUGCAACGGAUAUUAUCUUUGACAGACAGUAAAUGGCGCAUAGUUGUAGGAUUUCAUCCACUAAUGGCCUGCCAAGAGAUACAUGAGCAGAAGUCCAUAGUGUUUUAUCGGCCACUUCAUCAAAUAUUUCUGAAUAAUGGAGUGAAUGCCUACAUAAGCAAGCUGGGUUGUGCUGGGCAGCAUUAUAACAGUGGAGGCAUAGCUUUCUUGGGCAACCCUGGUCCUAUGCAUCAAGAGCAAAUUCCUUACUCAGAAAAUGGAAACUUUAAUGUUGCUAGUGGAAGAUUGGAAGGAUUUUAUCUUCACCGCCUUUCUCCCUUCGAGAUGGAAUCCUUCUUCAUUAAUUUAACCGGCAUGGUAGUAUCUAAAUCAAACAUUCAUCAACAUGGAAGAAGAAUUAUGUGAAUGAAAGCGAUGUUGAAUCAACGGUCUAUUAUUCAAUUAUUUAAUUGCUGUGUCCUCCAGGGAAGCUUACCUGUGAGGAAGAAAAUGUGAGGACUGAGCGCAUGGGGUUGUGGGAGCUCAAGUGCCCACACUAGGCACAAUAGAUGAACAGGGGAUGUGUUGGGUGCACUUGUGCCCUUAGGCGCUAAUUACUCAAGGCACCGGCGCUCCCGCGCCCAAGUUCGAGCGCCUUUGUGCCUGGAGUAGUUAUCCUAUAAUUUUUUGGUUUAUAAUGCCAAAAUUAGAUCGAUGAAUGUAUCUCUUUAGUGCUUGAAGUUCCUGGAUGUGGGGAGCUCUUCGACAGAGACCCUGGUGAAGGUGAGAAGUUUCGGAAAGGAGGACUUCGACGAUCUUGACGUGUGUUUCUCGCG